UCUUCAGUUUCAACGACGAGUUCUUGGUAGAGUUCGCGCGAUAUACUUUCUAGCUCUCUGUCUUUUAUAUAAAUAUAGUCCAAAUUAAUGAUGAUAACUACCAAGUUUUCUGAUACUGCGGAGUAUCCAAAUAAAAGUUUUGUUUUUUAGUGAAAAAACCUCUUUUGGGCCUCUAAUUGUUUCAUUGUUUGCCUGUCUCUUAAUGUUUGGGUUUUGUUCUUGACUUUUUGUGAUAAACCGCGUUGUUUAUAGCAAAAAAUUGAAGCUUCUGGGUAGCUUCCUCUGUUCAACUAUAAUGCAGAAUCUUCAUAUAUAGAGAGAGUGUUAAGUAGUUUACGGUUACGUAGGGGAUCUUGUUUUCUGAGAAAUUUGGGAAUUUUUUUCUGGGUUUUGCUUUAUUUUCAUUUCUAAAGGGCACUGAUGGUUUCAAAGAGGCCCUUUUAUGGAGAUGGUAGUGAAUAUGAGAUGGGAAUUCCAGUUCAACAUUCAAAAAGGAGAAACAUGUUCAAGAACGCUGUUUUGGAUGUGAUGAGAGGGAUUACUGUGGAUGAGAUUGUGUCAAGGAUGGAACCCUUAUUCAGAAAAGUGGUAAGAGAGGAGAUUGAACGUCUGGUUCAGCCCAGAAUUGCCACGUCUCCAAGAUCCCCACUCGAUCAAGUGGAGGCAUUUAAAGGAAGAGGUUUUCUGUUCCAUUUUGUUAACAAAUUGCCGUCAACCAUAUUUACUGGCAGCAGAAUAGAAGCUGAGGAUAACAAUCCUGUCCAGAUUGUACUGUUAGAUGCUGCUACCAGGGCUAUAGUCACCUCCGGUCCCCUAUCUUCGAAAAGGAUUGAGAUAGUUGUUCUUGAUGGUGACUUUGGUUCUGAUGAGAAAGAAGAAUGGACGGAGAAGGAAUUCAAUGUUAAUGUUGUCCGCGAAAGGGAAGGGAAGAGGCCUUUGGUUACAGGAGAGCUGAGUAUUUCCCUUAAAAACGGAGUUGGUGAUAUUGGAGAUGUGUCUUUCACUGAUAAUUCGAGCUGGAUAAGGUGUCGAAAGUUCAGGUUAGGAGUGAAAGUCGCACAAAAAACUUCCAAUGAAGUGAGGAUUAGGGAAGGCAGGAGCAAGCCUUUCAUGGUCAAGGAUCAUCGUGGCGAGUUGUAUAAGAAGCAUCAUCCUCCAUCUUUGCGCGAUGAUAUCUGGCGUUUGGAGAGGAUUGCCAAAGAUGGUGCCUUCCAUAAACGAUUAGCUCUUUGUGGAGUUCAGACUGUCAAUGACUUUUUGCGUUUGUAUGAGUCCGAUCCAUUAAGCCUACGAAAUAUGAUCGGAAACCAAAUAUCAAGUAAAGCAUGGGAAACGAUCGUAGAACAUGCUAACGAAUGUGUUCCAGAUGAGGGGAAAUUCUACACUUACACUGGAGCUGCACAAAGUGUGAGGCUCCUGUUCAAUUCAAUCUACAAAGUGAUUGCAGCAACAUUUGAUGGCCAAACUUACCUUCCUAUUGAAAAACUGGACUUGCCUCAAAAGCUUUUGGUGGAAGAUGUGAAGAGGCAAGCGUAUAAAAACAUGAAGGACUUGGUCUCUGUUGGUUCUGGUUCUACAAUCAGUCCAUCAAUGGCCUUAGCUAAUUUGCAAACUGAAAUAUCCGAAACUUCAAGCUUGCAGAGUCUUGAAUUCUCGACCGCACAUCAAGAUGAACCAGGAACACAUCUGGCUUUCGAUCAACAAGUCAUUUCUGCACCAUAUCUCUAUGAACCAGUAGAUAGGCUUCUGAAGGAACUCUAUUUACCACAGAAUAGUCAUCCUAUGCAGGCGUUUAAUCCAUUUCUAAGGAACAGUUUCACAAACAGGGAUUUAUUCCCGAAACCUUACAAUGGUGAAAACCAUUGCCUUCCAAUUGCUUCACAAGGAGAACUCGUGCUGCAAAGCAGUCAAGCGUUGGCUGAGGACAUUCCACCCUCAUUAUGGAGGCAAGGAAGUAGUAUUUUCUUCAGGACAGAAAAUGACGAAGAAUCAGAUUUUAUUUCCCCUUUCCCUGGUAGCUUUGGUGUACAUAUGAGGAGGUUUGGAACACAGUCAACACACAAAGCUCAGUGGUGCAAGAUUAGAGCCGCUCUCAAAUUGUAUUCGGUUAGAAGAGAUGUUGCUGCCAAAAGAUUGGCAGCAAGCCCUUUUUAUGGACUGCUCCAAAUCUAAGACUAAAAAGAAGCAUCAGGAGCUAAGAGUCUUCCACUUUAACUUACCAUGUAGUCUUAUAUUAGCUAAAUCUGUUCCAUAUUUCUUUUGUGUGAUCAAAACUGCAACAAAAGGGUUCUUGGUGCCCUGAUUACUUAAGUUGCAGUAUGUUCCCUUUUCCUGCCCUUUUUCUGUAAGUUGACUAGAGGGGUUCUUGCAGCUUGUACAUAGUGUCCAAAUGAUAAUUUGAACUCCACUUGGCCUUUAAUUUUUGUGCAUUGGCUUUGUCUGUUGAUCAGGAAUGAUGUUUCUCUGUAACUGUUGUGUGUUGAGAGUUAAGACUCCGCGUUAGUAUUCGGCUU